CUAAAUUCAAGAUGGCUGCAAACGCUAAACUUCGUGAAGAUCUCGGUGGCAAGGCUUUCACCUUCCCAGAGGAGACAGACAACAGCUAUGUGAAGCUGCAGCCUGCGGGAGACUGGCCCGUGAGUUCAAUCAGCGUCUGCCUGCGGUACUACACUGACCUCCCACAGAGCGGCAAGGAGCAGAGCUUCUUCUCCCUGGUGACCCGUUCCCAUAACAACGGCUUCCUGCUCUCCAAGGAGGGGCUCAACUGGCAUCAGAUGUAGCCUACAUCGGCAGCGCCAAGGCGGACCUCUGGGGCCUGCCGGACGAGCUGAACGCCUGGAACUCCUUCUGCGCCAUGUGGGAGUCCGAGACGGGCUUGACCCAAGUCUGGCUGAACGGCAAACCCAGCUCCAGGAAGACCCUCUUCAAGGGCGGCUCUCUGACAGGACCGCUGGUCGUUGUGCUCGGUCAGGACCAGGACGCAUACGGCGGUCGGUUCAGCUCCAACGACGCGCUGAUCGGCCAGCUCACGGCCGUGCACAUGUGGGACCGGGUCAUCUCCCCGUGCGAGGUCCAGCAAUUCACGGAGAACAAGCUUGUCAAUGGUGGGAAUAUGAUCAACUGGGAAGCACUGGAUUACAGCACAUAUGGAGAUGUGAUCGAGGAAAAGCAGAUUGAUGGCACUGGCCAGCAGGACUGUGCCCUGGCUUAAUCAAAUGAUCACUUGAGCAACAGUACAGUGUGUCACCAAAAGACACCAGGCCAGCUGUUUGUUGGUAGCGGUAGGCUACUGUUAUCAGAGUUUGCAAGUGUUUGCAAUUUUUUUUAGGUAGCCCAAGCCUUCUUGCUGCUGCAGUAAUUAACCAUCAGAGGUUAGCCUAACUAUUGAGAACAUCAUUAGUUAGUAUUAUCAUGUGUUAUUUUUUUAGG